CAUCUCAUCACCCUCCUCAUCUCAGUCCAACUACACAACUAAAACAAACCCUCCCCAAAAAAAAACUAGACUACUAGUAGCAAACAUGUCUUACGGCGGCAACGACGACUCCAACUACGGUUCGUCCCGCAGGGACAACGAGGACAGCUACGGCACCUCGGGCACCACGGGCUACGGCUCCUCCGCCACCCGCCGCAACGACGACGACAACGACAACAGCUUCGGCUCUUCCACCACCCGCCGUGACAACGAGGAUUCGUACGGCUCCUCCACCACGCGUCGUGACAACGACACCUCCGACUCGUAUGGCUCCUCCGGCCUAGGCCGUAGCGGCAACGACUCGACAUACAGCUCAUCGCGCGGCGACAAUGACAACACCUACGGCUCUUCCACCACCCGCCGUGACAACGAAGAUUCGUACGGCUCUUCUACCACCCGUCGCGACAACGACACUUCGGACUCGUACGGCUCCUCCACCACCCGCCGCAACAACGACAACGACAACGACAACGACGACUCGUACGGCUCCUCUCGCAAGACUGGCUCUUCGGCCUUCGACUCCACCUCGUCCAACCUCGCCGGCGCCGACUCGCUCUCCUACAACGCCUCGGAGAACAAGGGCCGUACCUACGAUAACGACGAGUCAUCGUACGGCACCACCACCACUGGCAACCGUCGUGACAACGACAUCUCGGACUCGUACGGCUCCUCCACCCGCCGUGACAACGACACCUCGGACUCGUACGGCUCCUCCACCCGUCGCGACAACGAUACCUCGGACUCGUACGGCUCCUCCACCCGUCGCGACAACGACACCUCGGACUCGUACGGCUCCUCCACCCGCCGUGACAACGACACCUCGGACUCAUACGGAUCCUCCACCACGCGCCGUAACAACGACAACGACGACUCGUACGGCAACAGCGGGGACAGGAAGGGCGACAGCACGGUCGGCAAGAUCCUCGAGAAGGCCGGCGACCUCCUCAACAGCGACAAGCUCGGGUCCAAGGGCCAGGCCAAGCGCGAGAAGGCUGGGUUCGGCAACGACGACAACGAGUACUAGACUUACCCGCGCGUCUCUUGGUAGCCCCGGCUGUCUGGGAGACGAAUGGGAAGGGGGUGGGGUGUUUGGCUGUCGUGUGGGAAGGGUUGUCUGCGAGCUAGACACGCACGCACUCUCUCUCCCUUUCCUUCUCUCUGCCUACCAUCAUGGAAGUUUGUGUUGUUUGCUAGCGAGCCCUGAAAUGAAUCCUGAUACCAAGUCACGCCUUUUUUCAAGAUGUAUGCGAUAAUAAGAGUGCUCGAAUUGAUGCUUACAAUGUAUGUGGAUGCUGCUGCGCUAUGGGGGGAAAAAAGACGCCAAUGAACAAAUACCCCCCUCCCUCCGACCCUGAGCCUCGCACUCUCGUCCCCGCUCGACUCCUGGACAACGGCUGCCCGCCGUACGGC